AUGGAACAAUCUGAUAAAACAUAAAAUCUAAAUGAGAAAAUUCUCUUGACUCUUUAUGAUUUUGAGCCAUCACUUAGUCUUUAUAUGAAGUUCUUGUUUCUUAAUAAAAAUUAGCAUUUAGUGAGAAGAAUUUGCAAAUAUCUGGGUGCAAAUUUAAAAGCUCUAGAUUUUGAGUUUUCAACAGUUACUGAUGAGCACAUAGAAGUGACAUUAUUUCCAUAGACUUUAAUUGAGCUAAACCUAAAUGGUUGCCGUGAAAUUUCAGAGAAAGCUUGCAUGCAUUUGUAAAAGCAGUGCAAAAAUCUUGAGAGACUUGAAUUAUACUGGAAUUGCAGGAUAACUGAUUUUGGAUUGAAGAAACUGGCAAUAAUGAACCCUAAGUUAUCCUAUGUCAAUUUGAGUGGAUGCAAAUAUCUAUCUGAUUCAUCAAUUAUGACAUUUGCAUAAAAUUGCCCUAACAUUUACCAUUUUGUAAGAAUUAAACUGUAUCUUGAAUUUUAUGAUAAAGAAUCUAACAAGAAUUCCAAAGCUUUCAGAAAAAUCAUUUGA